AUGUCGACGCCAAUAGAUACAUACACAAGUCUCCCCGAAAUUUUACCACCGUCUUUCAGUUCUUACGAAGUGUACUGUGACGAGUUAAACGACUUUUUGUCUGCCAAUCAAAACCUUUUCACGACGAACCAUUACGACGAGGAUGGGAUGUACCUCGACACGGAAAGGAGUGUCCACGCUUUCAUGUACAAUCAAUUUGAUUCAUUACCAGAAGAAUGGAAAAGUCAAUUUCUGAUCCCACUUGAAGUAUAUGCAACUGCGCAUCCAGAACACGCUUUAGAGGUGUAUUGUUACUUAAUGGACUUGAUGACGGAUAAGAUGCCAACGCUGCCAUACCCAUCUGGUGUCGACUUGGAAGUCAUCAAAAUGCUCAAGGAGAAGUUCCCUGUAGCUCACGGCUUAAAUGACUUUAUUGACCAUUGCCGAAGACUGACCCCACGAAAGUUUGAAGACUCUUUUCAGUUUGAUCCCAAAGCAAAAACGUGGUUUACAAAAGACAUUAAAGGGAAGUCCCAACCUAUAGACGUCGUCUUUAUGAAACAAAAGAAAAAAUACGAAAUUCGACUCUUAGGCGAUUUGAUCAUUAAAAUAGCGAAGAACAGCGACGUGAAAACUAUUGUUGAUGUUGGCAGUGGGAAGGGGUACUUGACUGAAUACAUCGUCUUAAAUUCCCCGUUGCGUGCCGUCGGGAUCGAAGGCAAUGCGGACUUUACAAACAAAAUGGCGAUACGUGUGAAUGACGUUGAUCGGAAAAGAGCGAAAGGCGUGCAACUGACUCACUCGGAAAGUUACACGGCGUUUUUAACAGCGGAGACGACGUCGUCUGAGUUCUGCGACAUCGCCAAAUUGCAUGAAGAGAGUGUGUUAUUAACAGGCCUUCACCCAUGUGGGGAUUUAACUCCGACGCUCCUUCGAAUGUUUCAAGGGAUUCCGGAGAUUAAAAGUGUGUGUAUGGUUGGGUGUUGUUAUCACAAACUAACGGAGAACAAAUACAUCUUGAUGGAUGACGAGAAACAGCGAACGCUCUUUGAGAAGUGUCCCACGUGUGUUCCGAAGAAGUUUGGGUUUCCGAUGAGUAAGCGUCUCUUGCACGACAGAAUAAUUAAGUUCCACAUGGCGGAAAAUUACGUGACGAGUAAUCCCCACCCUGAGGGGAAGACUAGAGAAGAGUGGUUGUACGCUAUGAAGAUGCAAAGUUAUCGAGCGGCUUUGGAAUUGUUCAUUCAUCAGCACUUGCCCAAGUUUUAUGAGUCACAUUACACAGGACAAAUUCGAGAGUUGCACACUAAGACAUUUGGACUGUACUUAACGCGAGCUUUAGUGAAUAUAAGAAGACAUACAGAAACAUUCGAAUACGGAAAUAAAGAGUAUGGACCA